AUGAAAGAAGGUACAUAUUAUUCUAUCUAUUUUACCCGUAAACUUCUAAUAUUAACAAACUUUGCAGCAUUUUUCCGAUGCGAUGUAUGUUUCCACUGUGUCAGAGUUGAGAUCGAUCGGGGAAGAAUUGCCGAACCUACGCGCUGCCCACGACAGCUUUGUGAUACACAGAACUCAAUGCAGUUGAUCCAUAACCGCUGCAGAUUUGCCGAUAAACAAAUCAUCCGUCUCCAAGAAACGCCAGACUCAAUCCCAGAUGGCCAAACACCUCAUUCAGUAUCGCUCUGUGUAUAUGAUGAAUUGGUGGACAUGUGUAGAGCUGGUGAUAGAAUAGAGGUCACUGGUAUCUUCCGAUCCAGCGCAGUUCGAGUUAACCCGCGACAACGAAGCACAAAAGCGCUUUUUAAGACUUAUGUUGAUGUCUUGCAUGUUCAAAAGAUAGACAAGAAGAAACUUGGAAUUGAUGCGUCGACAGUGGAGCAGGAACUCUCAGAAAAAGUUGCCCGGGAAGUCGACCAAGUGCGGAAGAUUUCACAGGAAGAAGAAGAGAAAAUCAGGCAAACUGCGGCUCGGCCAGAUGUGUAUGAAUUGCUGGCUCGGUCGUUGGCCCCCAGCAUUUACGAGAUGGAAGAUGUUAAGAAGGGCAUCCUCCUACAGCUUUUUGGAGGGACAAACAAGACUUUCGAGAAGGGCGGAAACCCCAGAUACCGAGGAGAUAUUAAUGUUCUGCUCUGUGGAGACCCUUCAACAUCGAAGUCACAGCUGCUUAAGUAUGUGCAUAAGAUUGCACCUCGAGGUAUAUAUACCAGCGGCAAGGGUUCGUCUGCAGUCGGUUUAACAGCCUACGUGACUCGAGAUCCGGAAUCCAAGCAGCUGGUGUUGGAGUCUGGUGCUUUGGUCCUGUCUGAUGGAGGCGUUUGUUGUAUUGAUGAAUUCGAUAAGAUGAACGACGCUACCCGAUCAGUUCUCCAUGAAGUCAUGGAACAACAGACAGUGUCCAUUGCAAAGGCUGGCAUUAUCACCACCUUGAACGCAAGAACUAGUAUUCUUGCCUCAGCCAAUCCAAUUGGAAGCAGAUACAACCCUAAUCUCUCCGUACCCCAGAAUAUCGACUUACCCCCUACUCUCCUUUCCCGAUUUGACUUGGUGUACCUUGUCCUCGACCGCGUGGACGAGCAGAAUGAUCGUCGCUUGGCAAAGCAUAUGGUAGGAAUGUACCUAGAAGACGCGCCUGAGACAGGCUCGUCUGAGGAGAUAUUGCCCAUCGAAUUCCUUACCAGUUACAUCACCUAUGCAAAGACACGCAUUUCACCCAAGCUCACCCCCGCUGCAGGAGCGGCGCUUACAGACGCAUAUGUUGCUAUGCGUAAGCUAGGAGAUGACAUCCGAGCAGCGGAGCGCCGCAUCACUGCUACUACACGCCAACUGGAGUCUAUGAUCCGUCUCUCCGAGGCUCAUGCAAGAAUGAGACUCUCUGAAGAAGUAACGGCAGACGAUGUCGAAGAAGCAGUCAGACUCAUCCGAUCUGCCCUGAAGCAAGCUGCUACAGAUGCUCGCACAGGCCUAAUUGAUAUGAGCCUACUGACAGAAGGUACAACUGCACGAGAGCGAAGAUUGCGAGAUGACAUGAAAAAGGCCAUCCUGGCAAUAGUAGACGAGCUUGGCGGACGCGGUACAGGGGCUCGAUGGGCUGAUGUGCUGAGGAAGCUGAACGAAGGCACCGUCCCUGUCGAAGGGGCUGAGUUUAUGGAGGCUGUCAAGUCGCUUGAGACUGAAGGUCUGAUCAAUGUUGUUGGCGAGGGUGCCAGGCGGAGCAUUCGCCGUGUCUUGGGGACUAUCUAG